UCUAUCCGGGCCACCUACACCAUGAAGUAUCACAGCCUUGACAUCGAGAGGAUGUUGUGAAGACCUUGUCCAUGUAUAACCCUAACCCCACAUUAUUUCCGACCUCACUUUUCACUCACCUGUGCUUCCCCUCUUCAAUUCAGAUUGGCUCUCACUUACACGAAAUCAUAUGAAUAGUCAUCAAAUUGGGGUCCUUUAACUCACCUCUAUUCCAUCUCUGAUUGAACUUUUUGAGCACUAACCCUAUGCAUACUCAACACUGAUAUGCUUUCGUGAGGAGCUCGUCGGAUUCAUUUCACCCUUUUGCUUCAAUAUCUCGGCUCGCCCAACUCGGAGCUCACUGUCCAUGUCAGCAACACCAGCCGCAGAGCUGCCCCCGACCCUCGCCUUGGCAACUCUCAACGCAGCCAUUUCGUCCAUCUCGCCUGCUCUUGAAAUCCUCGAGCGCUUCCACCACCGGAACAAGAAUCAGCAUCGCCUUUCCAAAUGGUGGGCUCAAGCCGACAUGCUGCGCCGGCACACGCGCAAGAUGCUGGUGUGUUUGGAAGCUGGCGUACCAGAUGCUGAAAGACUAGAGAGGAUUCGGGCAAGAGGGAAGACGAAGAAGAAGAAGGAAGGGGGCGAUGAUACGGAAGAGGGGAAUCUGGAGGUUAAGAAAAGGGCAGAGCAUCUUCGUUGGACCCUAGCGCCGAGAGCCUAUCUUGCCUUCACCCAGCUCUCCACAGACCGCCAGUUUGCCCAUCUCGGACUGAUGCUCCUGGGCGUUCUAGCACAGAUCGACAAAGCCCUUGCACCAUUUACCCCCUUGCCCAACGAUGCACUCUUGGAAACCGAUGCCGAGGGAGCAGCAACAGACGACACACCAGGGCCACUACCAAACUCAAAUCCCUCGCCGCCUGACGGCAACAUCGCGCUCGACAAAACCAUGCCCCAGCCCCAAACUCUUGAUUUAGACGGAGACACCGACAUGGGCGUAGCCGUCUCAAGGGAUGAGAUCAUUCUCCUGUCAAUCGAGCGGGGGACUUCGACCGGAUCGACGCCGGCACCAGCGCCAACAUCAGCACAGACCGAGCCCACCGGUUUUACCAGCAGUAAGUUGACAGCAGGCCUGAGUUCCGGGUCAAUAUCAGAACCGCCAGUCGAGGUGGGAAACCAAGAAACCCGCAAAGACAGCCCAAGCAUAGGGCCGCCGGUGAUAGAGAAGCGCAUGAAAAAGAGGCUUAAAGGGGGCGGUGGCGACGAGUUCGAUGACAUAUUCAGCGCGCUCGACAAAGACAAGGUGAAGAAGCCAAAGAAAAAGAAGCGUAAGAAGGGCGAUGAGUUUGACGAUAUCUUUGGAGGACUAGUAUAAGGUAUGGUCGGACUCGGUCAUCCACCGUUGGUGUCCUUGAUGCUAGGUAACAUUCCACGAAGAGAAUCCUAGAUACCAUGUGUGCUUGUAUACCCCUGGCCGGAGAUGAACAAACAAUUCAAAGCAGGUCUACUACUCCGUACCGUUGGAAGCCAGAGCAUAGCCAUUGGAUACUUUAUCCUCAAGGCAGUGAGCUGCGCAGCGCG